AUUUAAAUGGUACCUUCCCCUUUCUCCUCGUCAGUUAAUAUCGAGAGUAACAAUUCAUAUAAAUAGAUGCAGUCGGAAUGUUUUUAUUCAGCAUAGGCAACAUGAAGUACUUUGUGGUUCUUGGUCUCUUGGCACUCUUGGCUGUGGGCCAAGCUCAAAAUGAUGAAAACGAAACAACAACUGUGGAUCCAUCCGAAGAUGAGGGAGAUUCUUCUCCAUCACCUCCUCCACCCCCACCACCACAUCCACCUAAACGCCCGGAACACGGCAGACCUGGUCAUGGCAGACCCGGUCCAGGACAAGGACAUGACCGUCCUGAGCCAGGACAUAAUCGUCCAGGGCCAUUGGGAUUCUUCCAACCUGAACACCGGCUACCUUUGCCAAGGCCUUUGGAAUUUUUAAGAAAUGUCUUUUCGCCCGUUAAACCCCAUGGUGAUUCACAAAGAGAAGGUCCAGAAGCCAACGCCCAUGAGCGUGAUCAAGUUGCAUUUAUUUUUGGCUCGGGCAAAGUAAAAGGUAAAAGUUUCUCCGAUUACAGCUCUGGACACAAUUUCGGUGGCAAUUCAUUUGGUGACACCUAUGGACAGGGAAUUGUCGUUGGUGAAGCUUCUACGCCAACCACUACUACCACUGCCGCAGCUGAAUAAGGUUAAUACCUUAUUUUAUUUCAUAUCUAACAAAAUUUGACAAUGAAACCCCGUUCUACAUGGCUUUGGAUUUUUUAAGAAGUUAAAU